AUGGCUCGCUGGUACAACAUUGCGCAAGCCCUCCUUUUUGCUGCCGCCGCCAUCCCGGCGAGAGCAGCAGAUGAGGGCUUUGCAGCCGGCCGUAACCGUCUUGCAUCUCCGGCUUCCGAAGCUACGGAGGGCCGCUACAUCGUCGAGUUCCAACCUUCGACCGGUCCCAACGCGCGACAGGACUCAUCCCCCACCGACUCCCUCGUUGACCAUAUUAAUUCUCUUGGCUAUGACGCCAAAGUCAAGGAUGACUUCACCACCAUCUCCAGUCGCUUCAAAGGUGUUUCCGUAGAGAUCACCAAAGAUGACUCCACAAAAGUGAUCGACGACAUCAAAAGCAUUCCUGGCGUUGCUGACGCUUGGCCGGUGUAUCCUGUCACCCUGGACGUUGAUUUUGAGGUCACGUCUGGAUCGCAGAAGUGGAACCCGCACAUUGCAACACGCGUCAACGAGCUUCACCAGCGCAACUUCACCGGUGCAGGCCAGCGUGUCUGCGUUGUCGAUAGCGGCAUUGAUGUCGCGCAUCCGGCUCUGGCUGGCAAGAUCGCCGGCGGAAAGAACCUUGUCGAUCAGAACUCGACCGAGCUGACCGACUGUGUUGGCCACGGCACCUUUGUUUCCUCCGUCAUUGCGGCUUCUAACAAUGACUUCUCUGGAGUCGCCCCCGACUCUGAGAUUUAUAUGUACAAGGUCUUUGACUGCGAGGGCUCGACUUCCAACGACCUCAUUCUGAAGGGCAUGCUUGCGGCCGACUCGGAUGGCUGCGACAUUAUCUCCGUAUCGGCAGGUAGCAACACUGGCUACGCCAACUCCGUCAUGUCUCGUGUCGCGAGUGAGAUUGCUCAAGAUAGACUUGUCGUCAUUGCCGCAGGCAACUCGGGCGAGAUGGGACCUUAUUUUGCAAGCUCGCCUGCUGCUGGCCGCGGUGUUGUAUCUGUCGGGUCAGUCGAGGCUUCACAGACAAUGGGUUGGCCAGCAACUCUUAUCUCUUCAAACGGCGAGUCCCUGAACAUUUCUUAUGUCACAUCCGACGGGACAAAGCUCAAUGCGACGGUCAAUGUCCCGAUUGUCCUCGACAGCGGCGACUCAUGCAACAUUGUGGGCUCCGGUUCCGAGGAGACCGCCAUUCUCGCAAAGCGUGGUGUCUGCCCGCCGUCAAGCUCCUAUUCAGCUCUUGCCAGCGCUGGCUUUGGCUAUGGAAUCCUGUACGACACAUACAACCAGGGGGCCUAUUACCUGGACGGCGUCACCGCUUGGUCCGACACUCUUCAUCUUAUGGCUGUGACUCAGGCCUCGGUUGGCGAAUGGGCAUUGGCGCAAGUCAGCAAAAACCACACUCUUCGCCUGCAAAUCAAGGCUGAUGCUCAGCCCGCGGCCUUCGCUGCCGAAGUUCCCAGUUCGGGCACGAUCUCAAGUUUCACGUCUUGGGGCCCGACCUUCGAGAACGACUUUUCUCCAAUUAUAUCCGCACCCGGAGGCGUUGUUUACGGUGCUUACCCAGACAACAAGUUUGCCAUCUCCUCAGGUACUUCGUUUGCCACUCCUUACAUUUCCGGUGUUGCUGCGCUGUAUUUUGCGCAUGUAAAGAAGAACCGUGCAGAGUUCAUCCGUCGGUUGACAUCGACUGCUGUCUCUCUCCCUGCCUUUAACAGUGUCGAUGCUAAAGUUAUUGCCGGAGUUGCAUCGCUGGCUCAACAAGGUGCUGGUCUUCUUGACGCAGCUAAGCUCUUUGACUAUACCACUGUACUGCUUUCGGAACCGACUAUUUCGUUGAACGACACAGACAACCGCGUCAGCACCCAUGUCAUUCGCAUCCAAAACACAGCUGCGGAAGAGGUGACUUACAACAUCUCGCACAUAACGGCCUCCACAGUGGCAUCCAGAAACGUCCUGUGGUACCCUAACACUUACUACCCACCUCUGUUGUCCGUUGCCGGCUCACUUGCGGAGGCAAAGACUGUCAAGGUUGCUGCUGGAGCUACUCAGAAUAUUGAAAUCACUCUGUCAGCCCCUCAAGUUGCAGCCGACAGCGGCGCUCUGUGGAGUGGCAAGAUUCUUCUUGCGGGCUCUAAUGACGAGCUGAUUUCAGUUCCCUACAUUGGUAUUGAGGCUUCGACAUACAACUGGACGUCUUUGCACCACGGCCCAGAAUCUUAUCGAUAUGAUGACACAACGGGCGAACUCUUCCCCGUGGAUCACCAAGGCAAGGUGUACCGACCUGCCGAAGGCGAUUCGCCAGAGACCUAUUUCGCCUUCCGUUAUGGUACAUACGAGUUCUCGAUCGAUUUGGUUGGCGUUGACUGGACCACGGAGCAGUUUUCCUACCCACCUCAGCACAGCUCCGGAUCUAAGGCCUGGCUGGGUUCGAUCAGAUCCCAACCUGUUGUGCCUGGUAGCUAUCUAGACUUCCCCAUGCGCGAAGUUGCGCGCUUCAACAGGGGUAGUUUUGUAACCUUCAGGUCGUUCGCCAACGGAACCGACAUCCCAUCUGGACGCUAUCGCAUCUUCACCCGCGCUCUGCGUAUGUUUGGUGAUGCGUCAAACCCUAAGGACUGGCAGCUUUUCCUGUCAGACUCUUUCUCAAUCCAGCUUGGCAAUGAUCCUGUUCCCGGCCAGAAUGCUACAUUCACAUCAAGGGCCCCGACGUCUACUGCAACUGUGGCAACAACAUCUACAGCUGCACCCGACAUCACCACCUCCGCGGUCGCAACCACCACAGCACCCGUAUCUGUUCCGGGUAUCACCACCACCCUUGCUGCAACCGCCGAACCUACUGGUCUUUCUAACGCAUUCACAUCCCUUCAACUCCAGCGACUGCGCGAGCCUACUCCUUUUAUCAUCGACCCUGAAGCCUGGAUGGAGCUUCAUGUGCAAAUUUCACUUCCCAACCCUGUCCCGGCAGACUCAACCAUCACUUUCGCUGUCCCACCUCAGAUCGUCGACAUCGUCGAGGGCGAACAGCUUUCUGCUGCUGGUGCCAACGCUGGUUCUACAUCUUUCGAUGCUGAGACACGCUUGUACACUAUCGCUCUAGGUGACUGGACUACUUGGAACAAGAACAUGGUCGGUAAUUUCUUCCUCAUGUGCCGCUUCGCGCCAGAGUUCGCGUCCUCCAUGAAGCAGGGAACCUAUGUGGUGCAAUUCCCCACUGUCGGCAAGGUGCACGAGGCGCCGGUGUACUACACAGCUGUCGAUAGAUCCGUCACCUACGACCGGAUGAAGAUGGCACCAUACGAUGGCACUACGCUGUACACCGCCGAGGUUGAAGUUCCACCAGCCCUGGGACCGUGGGAUUAUGUCCGCCUCGAGACCUCCCAUUCUGCCGACUCGGACGGCUUUGUCUGCGCCAACUCUAGCGUUGUUGUUGGCCAUGAGUUCGACGCUGAGAACCGCAUUACGAGCUUCACUGAUGUGACCGCCGAGGCUGUUGAGAUUUGCACUGUCAAGAGGUUCCUGGCGGUGUACAAUCACACCUUGACUGGCGACGAUGUGCUCCGCUUCACGAUGAGCAGUAUCAAGGGCGAUCGCGAUCAAUGGACCCUUAACGUAAACUAUUUGCUAGACAUUCAGUUGUCAAACGGUACCAUGGUGCUUUACGAUCCAAGGAACCUGGCGUUCGAGAGCAACCCACGGUUGAGGACGUGGUCGUUCAACGCAUUUAGUGGCGAGCGAGCGAACUAA